AGUAAAUCUCUGCGUUUACACUUCAUAGCCUAGCUUUCUAAAUUCUGCCCUGCUGCUGCUUGGGGAGACUGUUUGAGGAAACCAAUGCGAUCCGGGUCAAGUGAUCGGAUAUGUCCCCUGCAGUGCGGCUGGACGCUAAAAGUCUUGAAGCUAACGUAACUUGGCUUGAGCUUUAUUACGAGGGCCUAAGCUCUGCCCCUUUGCCCUGCACAUCUCCUCCCAGGGUAGCUUAGCCCAGGGUUCGAGGGUGCCCAGCUCAUAAUGAUCACGAAUUCCAGGCCCUGGCUGGUCUUAUUCUCCAUGGUGUUAGAACUUUCAUUGAUACCCCCUGUUCCAGAGUUCCGGGUCGACAGAGUCAUGAACGAUUGCACGGCGGAUGGAAUAUGGAAACAUGAUCCGACCCGAAUUUCGAAGUCUAGGGUGCUUGCUUUCUCCUCUCUUUCGGUCGUACAGGGCGGUCUUCAGCUGGCAAACAGCAAGCCGCUACUCCACUUGUACAACUCGCGAUGGCGGUAAGUCCGGCGGCAAUCCGACGGACACGGAGUCGACAACUGGCGAUUUACGUUCCCAAAUCCAGUGAAUUGUUACGCAAUAAUUUGUCUCAAAUAUAGCUUCAUUCUGGGUCUCAUUGCGAAAAGAGUCAAUGGACAUGUUCUUUGUGUGAUGACGGAGAAGAUGAUAUGCCCUUUGGGCAGAAAGAUCCUGAACGGUUCAUUUUUCUUUUACUUUGACAGUCUCAAUGCGAGAUCGGUCAAAUCUGACAGCUCGGAAGACAGCGAGAUCACCGUUCCAGUGGCGCACGCCAACUGCCCUGCAAGGUGUUGGGUGGCAUCAUUUGAAUGCCGAAGCCAUCGUUGAGUAUAUCGGAUUUGGUCCCUGGACACCACGUUGACGGCCUGCAAAUCAGGUAUCGAACGCAUCUCUUGCCUCAUUAGUUCCAACGGUCAUCGACCGAGAUUAUCGCCUCUCUCGCGACUAGUCCAAGUGACAGAACAUUUCGAAACAAUCUAGACGACAGUCCGCUUGUGAGCCAAGAGCAGUUUGACGCCGCCAUCGUGUUAGCGCGGUCGAGUCUCGUCAAAGGUCGCCGUCUUCAGCCUAGCGUCAGAAUCCACAGCUUGAGCGGUGGGGAACAGUGCUGAAGAACCGCGACGGAGCUUCUAUGGAGAUGAUGGAACUCGUGGGGACAGGCCGAAAAGCAUCGCAAACAACGCAAGAGACAAAAAAGGAACGAGCAACUCCACAACAGAGAUUCUAGCUCACAAACAUCGUGCCACUGCAGAAGCCUAACUUCUCACCUAUCAACGCAGGGACACCCGGAUGGAAGCUAGCACUUCGUGCAACCCAUCUCGGUGAUCAUGCCGGUGGCUCCCCAAAGGAUCCAACCCCUGAGUACGGUCGGAAAAGCACCAAUCAAAGGGGACCACAGGCUUCAGCUAAGGUUCGGUCUAGCGAUUUAGCACCAGUUCGUCGAGCUCUAGCUCAGCCAGACCUCGUGGCAGCCCUCUCCUCGUCUCGCCCAUGAAGCCCCUGUCUUAGCUUUCUUCCUGACAGGCUCGUCCUUAGUGAAAUGAAGCAGUCAAAGAGUCUGGGCAACUGCGGCCACGUCGGUGCAACGAGAC